CACGGGACAGCCACUGUAGUUCGCCAGGGGACUAUAAAUGUGCGCUAACCGCAAGGUAGAACCACUACUUUAGCAAGACUCCAGGUCCAGCAAGUUUCACUGAACAGUUUACCAUACAACUCUUCACUCACAAACAAGAUGCGUUUUACAAUUUUGGUGGCAGUGUGUUUCGCGGCAGCUCUUGCUCGUCCCCAAAUUUACAAUGUUGAGCUAGACGGCGAAUGGGACUCAUUCAAGUCUGUUCACAGCAAAAACUAUGCCACACAAGAAGAGGAACUUUACAGGAGAAGAAUCUGGGAAAGCCACUUGGACAUCAUUGCCAAACACAACAGGGAAUAUGACAUGGGAAUUCACACGUUCACUCUCGGUGUCAACGAAUUUGCUGAUAUGACCAACGAAGAAUUCGUGCAGGCAAUGAAUGGCUAUGUAAUGCCCAACAGAACCAGCGGUAACGUGUUUCUGGCCCCAAGUCACGUACAGGUCCCAGAUGAAGUAGACUGGAGAAAGGAAGGCUACGUCACCGAGGUAAAGAACCAGGGGCAGUGUGGAUCUUGCUGGGCGUUCUCUACCACCGGCUCCCUGGAGGGACAGCAUUUCAAGAAAACUGGAACCUUGGUAUCUCUGUCCGAGCAGCAGUUGGUUGAUUGUUCAAGGAGAUAUGGCAACAUGGGUUGCAAGGGCGGUCUCAUGGACAACGGCUUCAAGUACAUCAAGGCUAACGGCGGACUUGAUACCGAGGAGUCUUACCCAUACACAGCAAAGACUGGCCGAAAAUGCAAAUUCACAACGGCAAAUAUUGGUGCAACAUGCACUGGAUACACCGACAUCAAGAAAGGGAGUGAGACCGACCUGAAGUCUGCUGUCGCCACAAUCGGACCGAUUUCUGUCGCCAUUGAUGCCAGCCACACUUCUUUCCAGCUUUACAGGAGUGGAGUCUACAAUGAGCGUCGUUGCAGCAGCACUAAACUUGACCAUGGUGUGCUUGCAGUCGGCUACGGAACUGAGGGCUCCAAGGAUUAUUGGCUCGUGAAGAACAGCUGGGGCAAGUCCUGGGGUAUGGAGGGUUACGUCAUGAUGAGCCGUAAUAAGGAAAACCAAUGCGGUAUUGCCACCUCUGCUUGCUAUCCACUGGUUUAGAUAUUCGGGAUUCUUCUUAAAAAGAAGUCUCGAUUCUAUAUAUUUAAGAUCUCAUGUUGUAGAUGGAACUGUGGACUGAUGGAAUAAUUUGAAUCGUGAAUAUUGCAAGAGUGGAUUGGGAUGAUUAGUUGAUUCGGAAAACAACUUGUCUGUUAAAUCAGCAAAACUGUGAUACGAACAAUUCUGGAAAAGAAAUCAGGCGAUUCAGAUUUCAUCAUUGAUAUAUAAGAUCUGUAAAUGUAGAAAUCAUUGGUACAGUGGCACAAUGGAAGAAUUUGCUACAUUUACCUGAGUAUUGUGUUCAUUGCAGUUCUUGAACUCUUCGUAUAUUCAUAUCUUUAAUAAAUCUGAUAGCCUGGACAUAAUGUAUUACUGUUUUGAUACUUGAAUUAUUAUUAUUUUGUGAUAUAAAUAAACGAAAAUUUAA